AUGGUCUCAGAGUUGGAACAGUCUCAGACUCAGAGAAGUCGCUUCAUGGUCUCAGAGUUGGAACAGUCUCAGACUCAGAGAAGUCGCUUCAUGGUCUCAGAGUUGGAACAGUCUCAGACUCAGAGAAGUCGCUUCAUGGUCUCAGAGUUGGAACAGUCUCAGACUCAGAGAAGUCGCUUCAUGGUCUCAGAGUUAGAACAGUGUCAGACUCAGAGAAGUCGCUUCAUGGUGUCAGAGUUGGAACAGUCUCAGACUCAGAGAAGUCGCUUCAUGGUCUCAGAGUUGGAACAGUCUCAGACUCAGAGAAGUCGCUUCAUGGUCUCAGAGUUGGAACAGUCUCAGACUCAGAGAAGUCGCUUCAUGGUCUCAGAGUUGGAACAGUCUCAGACUCAGAGAAGUCGCUUCAUGGUCUCAGAGUUAGAACAGUGUCAGACUCAGAGAAGUCGCUUCAUGGUCUCAGAGUUGGAACAGUCUCAGACUCAGAGAGGUCGCUUCAUGGUCUCAGAGUUGGAACAGUCUCAGACUCAGAGAAGUCGCUUCAUGGUCUCAGAGUUAGAACAGUGUCAGACUCAGAGAAGUCGCUUCAUGGUCUCAGAGUUAGAACAGUCUCAGACUCAGAGAAGUCGCUUCAUGGUCUCAGAGUUAGAACAGUCUCAGACUCAGAGAAGUCGCUUCAUGGUCUCAGAGUUAGAACAGUGUCAGACUCAGAGAAGUCGCUUCAUGGUCUCAGAGUUGGAACAGUCUCAGACUCAGAGAAGUCGCUUCAUGAGUUAG